CCUCAAACCUCCCAAGGAAUGCAAAUGAAAAAUAAAAUUGAAAACGCUGUCAUUGUGUGCGUGCAUUUCAUGUUAAACAUAAAAGUGAAUAUCGUCUGCCCAUUGUAAGUUGCAUUUGCGGAAGUGUUGCCAUUAUUAAAAGGCAUUUCCAACUGAAGGCAGACGAAGACGACGACAACGACAUACAUAUGCUGAAGAAACACAACCAAUAAACCCGCAGCAAUUACUACAACAUUACAACGUCAUUUACAAGAACAACAACAACAACGUCAUCAUCAUCAGUAAGAACCUGGCAACAAUGAAAAUGAACAUUACCAUUAUUACGGCCACAAGCGGACGCCGCAACAUGUCGGUUGGCUUUCUACAUUUUGUUGUCAUCCUCAGCUGCAUAAUUUUACUAUCAACUGUCUCAGUAACGGCAACACCUGAAAUUCCUUCAAAAGGAAAACACUCACAUUCCAACGACAAAUCACGAGCUUCUGUUGAAGAUGAUGAUAUGCCCAGAUUUGCUGAACCCGUGGCCAAUGUUACGGUCUCCCUGGGCCGUGAUGCUCUGCUGGCAUGUGUGGUGGAAAAUCUUAAAAAUUACAAGGUCGCCUGGGUCCGAGUAGACACCCAGACAAUUCUCUCGAUCCAUCACAAUGUCAUCAUACAAAACAAUCGCAUAAGUUUGACAUACAAUGAUCAUCGAUCGUGGUAUCUGCACAUCAAGGAGGUGGACGAGAGUGAUCGUGGCUGGUAUAUGUGUCAGGUGAAUACGGAUCCAAUGCGUUCGAGAAAGGGUUAUCUGCAGGUUGUGGUACCUCCCAUGAUAGUCGAGGGCAUGACCAGCCAUGAUGUUGUGGCUCGGGAAGGUCUCAAUGUAACACUGACCUGUAAGGCCCGGGGAUAUCCGGAGCCCUAUGUAAUGUGGCGUCGUGAGGAUGGUGAAGAAAUGCUAAUUGGUGGCGAGCAUGUUAAUGUGGUCGAUGGCGAACAUUUGCACAUCACCAAAGUGAGUCGCCUGCACAUGGCCGCAUAUUUGUGUGUUGCAUCGAACGGAGUGCCACCGUCCAUUAGCAAACGGGUCAACUUAAGAGUUCAAUUUCCUCCCAUGCUCUCCAUACCCAAUCAACUGGAAGGAGCCUACAUUGGUCAAGAUGUAACAUUGGAAUGUCAUACCGAAGCCUAUCCAGCUUCCAUCAAUUACUGGACCACAGAAAGAGGGGAUAUGAUAAUAUCGGAUACCUCACGUGCCGGCGAUAAAUACGAAACCGCAUCCAUUGUCAACGGCUAUAUGAAGCAUAUGAAAUUGAAAAUUCGUAAUGUUGGACCCAACGAUUUUGGCACCUAUCGAUGCGUGGCGAAGAAUUCAUUAGGCGAAACGGAUGGCAAUAUCAAAUUAGAUGAAAUGCCAGCACCCACUACAGCAAUCCUAUCCGAGAUGGCCAUGUUAAAUCGCAGCUAUGACGGCAAACGCCGUAAUAAAAAUAAAUUAGAUCCAAAUUCAUUGCCGGACUAUGGUGUCGAAGAAUGGCGUGAUGGUGCCGGCAAUUCCGGCGAUAACAAUCAGUCUCCCAUGCGUAAUCCACCCGAUGCUUUUCACAAUUCGGCCACCAGCCUGGCCCAGAAUAAUCCACUCGCCAUAAUAAUUCAAGCGAUUAAAAUGCAAUCAUGUGGGAUUUACAAGCGUUUAACGAAUUUAAUUCAAACGCUGAGAGGGGCAACAAUGCGGGAAACAAAGGUGGCAACAACAAACCAAAUGGAAGGAAAAUCCGAUAAGGCGGCGACAAAAGGAAGUUCGGCUACAAAAUCACUUGGAAAACCCACCAUGGUUUCACUUUCCAUGGCAAUUGAGGUGAUGGUGGUGAUGUUGCUUGGCAUCCUGGCGGUGGGUGUGAGCCUGCUGCUGCUGGAGAGCAAACCUGCCAACACAACAAUAAACCACACAGCGGAAUACGUGUAUGGCAAACAAAAGCAUCUCUGGCAGAUUGUCAGAUUUCUGCGUCUUCAAGUAUCAGGAAAAUGGUUUUCAUUCCGCACGAUGACAUUUUCAUUCAAACCGCGGCCAAAGAAUUUUACCCAGCCAAUGGAAAAUUAUGAGCAGCUUGAGUGCCACUAUACGCAGCAGCAACAGCAGCCACUGACGCAUCCUGGGGAGACGAUGCGUGAAAAUCUUAUUAUGGGAAAUGAAUUCAAAAUGUGGCAUGACAAGGCGAAGAGGACGACGACGACGAGAGUGUUACAAGUGGCAUGUGUCAAUGAGGCGCAAACGAAAGGUGAUGCUGCCGGGGGCGAUAACAAUUGUGACAACAACAAAGGCUCUGGUAAAGGUGUUGUCGAUGUUGCCGUUGUUGUAAGGUGUGAUAAGGAUGUCCUCCCCCAAAGUAGUGUUGGUAAAUUGACAAUCGCCAAUGAGCCGAUGAAUGAAAGAAAUCAACAAUUUAUUGAUGAAGUUAAUGCCGUUCGGAGUCAAGUGAAGAACAAUGGCUUAUCACAAAUACCUUAA